GGCGAGUUGAUUGACAGCAGGCAGCAGCUACUGAGCUGCUGAGACAUGGCGGAGCUUACAGUUUGAGUAGGGAACGCCAACAGUUAGGGUAGUUUCGCUCGCACUAAAGUCGACACAUUACCGAAUAAAUGGCGAAGAAGAAACUAUAAAAGUGGAUGGAAAUGCUGCUGUUCGGAGAAUUGCGGUGGAAGAGGAAAGAAGUGGCUAGAAAGUAAGUGAGCUGGGGAAAUGUAUCUAGCGCUCGCUGUUUAGUGCAGUCAACAGCCUUAGGCAACAAAUAUGGCUUCGUGUGCCUUUUUGCUCUGUGUAAUCAGAAACUGCUGUAUUAAGCCAUCGUAUAUCAUGGCACAGUCGCUCAAAUCGUACAAGUGACCAUAAGGAAGGGAGUUCCUGCUUGGGUAUCGGGGGUUCUGUUGGGUUUGAGUCGAGGUCACCGUCUCCGCCGACAUAACAAGAAGCUAGCUUAGCCAGUUAGCUAGGGAACUGCGCGAAGUGCAAUGGAGCCGAAGCACAAAGAGUUGUUAGAGCAGUGCCACCAGAACUUGGUGCAGUCCAUCCCGGACGCGCAGCGCCUCAUCGAGCUGCUCGCCAAAUCCGGCAGCCUGAGCGAGCGGGACACACAGGAACUGGACCAGAACUGCUCCUCCAGCUCCGAGAAAGUGGACCAGCUGCUGAAGAUGCUCAUGAACAAGGAAAGCGACCAUUUCCUGGCCCUGUGUGUGGCACUGGAGAAAACCUACCCUCACCUGUAUUCUGCCCUGUUCAGCAACGGGGGAGGACCGGCAGAUCACUCCGGGUCUACUUACAGUGUCCUGUCCACAAUGCCAUCAGAUUCAGAGAGCAGUUCGUCCCUCAGCAGUGUUGGUUCCAAAGCCUCCUCGCCUCCGCCUGCGCUCAAUGACAACCGUCCGGCCAGUGAGAACGGAGACGCCAUCCUGUUCCAGCUGAGGCAGGUGACCAGGGAACGAGAUGAACUUCGCAAGCGGCUCGCUCUUGCCUCGCCCGGCACUACCUUCGACGACUGCAGGCCAAAUUCCAAAGCCAGUCACGACUAUGAGCGGCUCAAGACCCAGUGCAUGAAGGCCAUGGCAGAUCUACAGUCUCUGCAGAACCAGCAUACCAAGACCCUUAAGAGGUGUGAGGAGGCAGUGAAGGAAGCCGACUUCUACCACAUGCUGCACAGUCGUCUCCUGAGUGAUCAGUCUCAGCUAAAGGAGGAGAUGGAGGUGAUGAGAAGAGAUAAUGCUCAGCUAGUAAGAGAACACAACCAUCUGAAACAGAGCUGCGAGGAGCUCAAGAGACUGCACUCAGAGGACCAGAAAGAGGUGGCUGAUAUGAGACUCCAGCAACAGCAGGUUAUUAGGGAGAAUGGGUCCUCAGAGGUUCUGAAACUCUAUGACACUGCAAUGGAUAGGCUGGAGGGGUUGAAGAAAGAAUAUGACAACUUGAGCAAGCGAUACAGCGAAAAGGUAGCCAAUCACAACACAGAUCUGAGUCGACUGGAACAGGUGGAGGAAGAGAACAGACGGCUUCAGAAACAGACUGACACUUUGAUGAAGCAGAGGGAUACAGCCAUGCACUACCAACAACAGUACUCAGCCUCUAUCCGGAGGUUUGAUUCUGUGCAGCAGGAGCUGAAUAAAGCUUCAGCUCAGAAUAAAGAGCUGCAAAGAGAGAUGGAAAGGCUGCAGUCAGAGAUAACGCGUUACAAGAACUUCCAGCUGAAGGCGGUGAAGGAUGCUGAGAAGUACAAGGAGGAGCGAGACUCUGUGUUUAAUGAGUACAGGCUGAUCAUGAGUGAAAGGGACCAGGUCAUCAAAGAAGUGGACAAGCUGCAGACAGAACUGGAAGCAGCUGAAGCUCGCCUCAAAAACAACUCAUCAGAGAAGAUGGUUGCCAGCGAGGAGUUGGAAGCACUCAGACAGGAGCUUAAUUCAUCACUGGUGGAUCGGGACCGAGCCAUCUGUGAGCGUAACGAGCUGCUGGAGAAAUACUGCCAUGAAGUGAAGGAUAAAGCAGAGGCUCAGAAAGAGCUGAGUCAGGCCUGCAAAGACAUCGAAACUGUGCGUGAGGAGCGAGACGUGGCCAGGAAAGAAAGAACUGAAGCCAUUAUACAGAGGGACCAACUACUGCGGGAGUACUACCAGGCCAGACAGAAACAAGACACAGCCACUCUGGACAUGGAGCGUGCCAAUAAAGAGAUCGAGGUGUUGAGGAAGCAAUGUGAGGCCAUGUCUCAAGAGCUGAAGGAGGCUGUGCAGGAGGCUGAGGUGGCGAAAUGUCGCAGGGACUGGGCCUUCCAGGAAAGAGACAAGAUUGUGGCAGAGAGAGAAAGCAUCCGGACUCUGUGUGAUAACUUGCGCAGAGAAAGGGACCGUGCGGUUAGUGACCUGGCUGAUGCCCUGCGCAACCUGGAUGACAUGAGGAAACAGAAGAACGAUGCUGUCAGAGAACUGAAAGAACUGAAGGAGAAGAUGGAGUGUCAGCAGGAGAAGGAGACACCAUUCUACCCACUGCUGGCACACAGCUCGCAUGAUUCAGCCAUAGAUACAGAUUCAUUGGAAUGGGAGACUGAGGUGGUGGAGUUUGAGAAGGACAGAGAUGACAUGGACUUGAAGGCACUGGGGUUUGAUAUUGCAGAGGGGGUGAAUGAUCCAUAUUUACCAGGAGAUUGUGGGAUUUUUGUUACCAGAGUGGACAAAGGAAGUAUUGCAGAUGGGAGGUUAAGAGUGAAUGACUGGCUGCUGAAGAUAAAUGACAUAGACCUUACUAACAAAGACAAGAAGCAGGUCAUCAAAGCUGUGCUUAAUGGAGGAGGUGUGAUCAAUAUGGUGGUGCGCAGGAGAAAGUCUUUAGGGGGAAGACUAGUUACCCCUGUUCACAUUAAUCUCAUUGGGCACAAAGACAGUGGCAUUGGCCUGGAGGGCGGUGUAUAUGUGACAGCUAUAGCAGCAGGCAGUCCAGCUGCCAGAGAAGGGUCUCUUAACAUUGGAGAUCGCCUCAUUGCUAUAAAUGGAAUUGCUCUGGAUAACAAAUCUGUGACAGAGUGUGAGGCUCUGCUAAGGGGCUGCAGGGACUCACUCAGCCUCUCCCUCAUGAAGUUCUUCCCCCAGAGCACAUCAGGCCACAACAUCUUUGAGAGCCUGAGGGAAGCGGAGAAAUGCAAUGGCAGAAUUCACAUGUCAGAGGUCCACUCUCGUAACAGCCGGAACCUGAAGCACAAUAGCUCCACCCAGACAGACAUUUACAGUGGUGAGGCGGGAGGAGAACGGAGGAAGCAGAGGGCUGACUCUGAAGAGAGGAAGCCCUUCUCUCCCUCUACUCUGCACCCCAGCACCCUGUGUACCCGUUAUGGUCCCAGCGCCUUCCAGGAGGUUUGCUACACUCGCCCUGAAUCAGCCGGGCCUGACUGCAGUACCUUGGAGCCAGCACCUGACACCAAGCACAGCGGUGGCACCUGGCCCAAAAUGGUGGUUGGAGUUCCCAUGGUGGCAGAAAGCCCAGCCCAGCUGUCCAUCUACAAGUCACCCAAGCAAAGGAAGUCCAUUUUUGAUGCAGACACCUUCAAGAGGCCAGACACACCCUCCAAAAUGGAAUACCUAACUAGCCAUUCACCACAACCUUCCAAAACUGACAGUAUGACCACACCCCCAACCCCGCCUACACGUAGCGAUUCAUUCAAGUUCAAGCCGAAGCAGCAGGGCAGCUCGGCCUCAGACUCCACCAUUACUGAGAGCCAACAGGAAGAGUGUAAUGGGAAUUUGUGCUUCACGGAGGUUGGGCACGAGGGCAGGGUGCUCAGCUCUAGGAAGUCAUGUGAAGAGGACAUUGGGCACACACGGCUUGAUGAGCCUGAGGUAAAGCGGCCACGUCCCAAAUCAGCCCCGGCUCUCAGGCGCAGGAUGACACCUCAGUCCAUCCCCCUUCAGAGCUUUCAGAGCUACUCUAAUGAUGGGGACAGUUUAGACCAGAGGGAUGUGUUGCGCUCAUCUCCUAGUCGCCCUUACAGACACAGUGUAGGGUUCGUUCCCACACUCUGUAAUGGAACCCUGCCACCCAAUUCAGUACAUCGUGGUCUGGCCCCAUGCACAGCAGUGACAGCUGUUAUGAGGAACCCUGUUUACACUGUCCGCAGUCACAGAGUGCACACCAGCAACUGCCCCUCUGUCAUCAACCAGAUCUGCCAUCAACACACACAUCCCAGCCCCCAACAUCAAGGGCGUCUGAGUCUGGACCUUAGCCAGAAGCGUUCUGCUGAGUAUUCAGAGUCCUCCCGCAGCAGCCGAACCUCUCAUGGCACCAACUCGCUGCCGUCCAGUGCCAGACUUGGUUCAUCCAGUAAUGUACAGUAUUGCACAGAAAGGAUAAAAAUCCCUCCCACACCACGGUAUCCACGUUCAAUGCUGGGCUCUGACAGAGGGUCUCUGUCCCACUCAGAAUGCAGCAGUCCCAGUCUCAUCACACCACCCCUGUCCCCACUCAAUCUUGAGACAUCCUCGUUUGCUUCCAGUCAGUCCCAGAACUCCAUCUCCACACGGAUCUCCGUCAGUCCCGUACCCACGGGAGACCACAGGAAAGACAGAUCUCUGUACCGUAACAGAUCAUUUCUGAGAAUCCCUCUGGGUGCUAGGCCUAGGUUCUCCUCUCUCAGGAGCCUGAGGCCGUACCUGGAGGAGCCGAGGAACGUGAUUGUGCAUAAAGGCGCUGAACCUCUGGGCAUCUCCAUCGUCAGUGGCGAGAAUGGCGGUAUCUUUGUAUCCAAGGUGACUGGAGGCAGCAUUGCUCAUCAGGCAGGCCUGGAGUAUGGAGACCAGCUUCUUGAGUAUAAUGGGAUAAACCUGCGUAAUGCCACUGAGCAGCAGGCGCGACUUGUCAUAGGUCAGCAGUGUGACACCAUCACAAUCAUGGCACAGUACAACCCACACAUGUACCAGCUGGGCUACCACUCCCGCUCCAGUUCUCGGAUGGAGCCAGUGAGCAGCCAGUCCACUCCUCAGGGCAGCGGAGCUACCACACCAGAUAACCACUCAACCAUAGACACACUCAGUGAGCAGGAUGAAGGAACCCUUACUCCAUCAUCCAAACAGACCACACCUACCACCAGCCCACACAGCUUCAUCAGAAUGUCAUCGGAGGGCAAUAAGAAGAUUCCAGAGCCCCGAGUGGUGUCUGUGAGGAAGACACAGGUGGAGCUGGGUGUUCAGAUUUGUGGGGGGAAUCUGUGUGGGAUCUUUGUGGAGAAUCUGGAGGAGGACAGUCCUGCUAAGUUGGCAGAUGUCCUAAUGCCUGGAGACAUGAUCUUGGAGUAUAACUCGUUGGAUAUGAAGAAUAAGACUGCAGAGGAGGCUUACCUGGAAAUGCUCAAGCCAGCAGAAGUGGUCACACUGAAAGUGCAGCAACGUUUGGAUGAGUUUAACCAGCUUAAAGAUACUGCUGGAGAUGGAUUUUAUAUCAGAGCACUUUAUGACCGAGUGGCUGAGACAGAACAGGAUCUUUCCUUUAAGAAGGAUGACAUUCUUUAUGUGGAUGACACACUACCGAAUGGCAACUUUGGCACCUGGAUGGCCUGGCAACUUGAUGAAAAUGCACAAAAGAUGCAAAGGGGGCAAAUUCCCAGUAAAUACAUGAUGGAUCAGGAGUUCUACCGUAGACAUAGCAUGACUGAACUGAAAGAUGAGACAGGUUCGAGUAAAACACUCUCCGCAGCUGCGCGCAGAUCUUUCUUUCGCAGAAAACAGAAGCACAAACGCAGCAGCUCCAAAGAUGGCAAAGACCUGCUAGCCCUGGAUGCCAUUAGCACAGAUUCCAUCCCGUUUUUAGAGGACUGCGUGAGCCUUGCCUAUCAGAGAGUGCAGAAGGUGGACUGCACGUCUCCCAGGCCAGUAUUGCUACUGGGCCCACUGGUGGACCCGGUUAAAGACAUGCUGGUCAAAGAGUCUCCAGGGAAAUUCAGCAGAUGUGUACUUGAGGUGAUGAAGGCCUCUCAACAAGCCAUUGAGCGAGGGGUGAAGGACUGCCUUUUCAUUGACUACAAACGAAGGAGCGGCCACUUUGAUGUCACAACUGUUGCUUCCAUCAAGGAGAUCACAGACAAGGACUGUCACUGUUUGCUUGACAUUGCACCCCAUGCCAUUGAAAGGCUUCAUAGCGUUCACAUAUAUCCAAUCGUCAUUUUCAUUCGCUACAAAAAUGCAAAGCAAAUAAAAGAACUGAAAGAUCCAGUGUAUCUGCGGGAUAAAGUUUCUCAAAAACAUUCCAAGGAGCAGUUUGAGGUUGCACAGAAGAUUGAGCAAGAGUACAGCAAAUUCUUCACAGGUAUUGUCCAAGGAGGCAUGUUGCCCUACAUUUGCACUCAAAUCGUGACUAUAGUGGAUCAGGAGCAGAGUAAAGUCCUUUGGACUCCGCUGGGCUCGCCUUAGGUGGCUGAGCCAGUCCUCUCCACCUACUGCCUCACACACACCUGAGCUUACAAACACUAUGCUUUUACACUCGCACUACAUACAAAGGUACACUACAAUGAGCAUUGCAUUGCAUCCUUUUUUCUUUUAUUAUUCCUUUAUGUUUAAUUGUAACUUUUUUUUAAUGUUUAAUUGUAACAUUUUAUGUGUAAUUGUAAUGGAGCCUCUUAUUUGUUUGUGUGUGUGUAUGUGUGUGUGUCUACGCGUGUGUGUGAUCGUGCGUGUGACUGUGCGUGUGUGCUCGCAAAUGCAGGAUUAUAGCACUGAAGUUUUCAUUGUUUUCCUUUGGUCUUCCUGACAGACAUCCAACGAUUAGUAAUGCUGCAUCUAAAACACUUGUUUACAGAUGAUCAGUCCAUGAAUUGUUAUUUAAUGUCUGCUUGAAUGUGUCCUUCCCCUUUGAUCUUAAUGAAGUCAUAUCCCAUGUCACCUCUCCCUAAUCCAAACCCAAAUUCAGCCCUGUAUCCCAACCCUGGUCUACCAAAAUGGCACACGUGUGUCUGUGUUUUCUACAUCAGUAAGAGGACUGAAAACUCACUGUAGAUAAAGAGUAAGCUUUGGUAAGCUUGUUUAUGUAAAUGUAAUGGUUUUGAGGUUGAAGUGAACAGCAACUAAGCAUUUUACAGGCCAAAUGGAAGUGCCUUUGGAGAUCUCCUGAGCGUAUGACAAUGGCAUGUUGAAAGUCUGGUGUUUGAAACUCCUCAGAUUGCACUCCAGGGCUAGACAGACCACUGUGGUAACAUUCUCAUAGAGGAAAAUAUGUUUAAAAGAGAACAUGACAUCUUACACUAAUACAGUUCUGAAUUAGAGGCACUCACUUAACCUGUAUGUAUGCAAACUUGUCUAAAUAUAUAGAUCUAUAUAUAUAUAUAAACAUAUAUAAAUAUAUUAAAUGUAUUUUGACUAGGCUAUUGGCCUAGGGGAGUGCAGCAGGUGUCCAGUCAGGUCUUAGCAGAUAUAAGCAUGUUCCUUUUGUAUGUUUCUUCUCGUUUUUUUUUUUUGUUUGUCAGUCACUUUUAUAUGUACCCACUCCAUGGAAGGAAGAGAUGCAGGGUAAAUAUAAUUGGGUCUCUUAUGCUAAAUCUGUUUAAAUGUUAGUCAUGUUUCAUGUAUAUUUAAGUUUUGUUGUUUUUUUUUAAAUUCAGCAGGCACAGUUGCAUACUUUAUUCAGACCAGUAAUCCCACCAGUUAAUUUUGUGCCAAAAUUCAAUGUGUCCAUUUCUUGUAUUUUUGUUUUGCACUUGCAAUAUUAUGGACCCUAAACAAUAGCUGGGUCUUCUUAGGUUUCCAGUAGAGGUUGAAAAUAGGUACUAUACUUAUUACUUUUGUGAUUUAAUAUUCAUUUGUGUAUCACUCAUGUUCCAUACAUUUCAUUAAUUGCCUCUAUUCUUAAAUUAGAAGAGAACCAUUGCAUUAUUUACACUCUCAUUUAAAAAAAGGGAUUUCUUAUUGCACAGUUUUCUCAAAGGAAAAUCAGUCCCAGCCUUGUCUAUUGGGUUGAAAUUAGACAUUUUGUUUCAAGUGCUAUUCAUAUCUAGGUGUUUUUUCUUUUCUAAAUAAGUAGCUUAUGGUUUUAAAUCAGAGGGAUUCAGCCAAUACAAUUGUAUUUUAAGAAGAAUGACUAGAUGACAGGUACUGUUAUUGAUUGGGAUUUUCAAUAUUACAAAAGAAUGUGAUUUGUAUGAAAUAAUGUGAAACACAUUAACAUGAGAAUAAAAGUCAUUUUCUGUAUCACA